AUGAAACAAAUGGAGUACAAGGUGGAGCAGUGGCGUCAGGAGCAUACGGAUGUACUUCGCAGGAACCAAAUAUCACACAUCUCCACAAUUCACAAGAUGAACGAGAAUAUCGAGCGUCUAAACACCGAGGACCAGUUCCUCAAGCAGAACGAUUUACAUUCCAAACAGAUCAUAAAGAGACAACAGGAUGAGUUGCAACAUCAUUUGGAUGGUAUCCAGGAAUUGAGAUCAAAGGAGGAAUCACUUCCACCUGCAGUGGACUCAUUGGGUCAGAUGGUACAUGAGCAACAAGUGGACCUGGCAAACACACAACGUACAGUGACAACUGUUGAGCGAUCAAAUGAUGAAAGACUCUCCAAUGUCGAGCGAACACUUGGUUACUUCAGGACACAUCUUGGACUUGACAUUCGUAUCUCACCAGAUGGAGCUCAGUUCCAGUUCACAAAGAUUGAUCGAAAGCAACCUGAUCGUAUAUUUUCAGUUACCGUUGACUUUGAACAUGAUGAGUAUAGAGUUGUCGAAUGUACACCAAUGAUUGGCGAGCUCAAACAACUCGUUGAGUCAUUGAACGAGACCAAUCAUCUGGCAGGCUUCAUCAAGUCGAUCAGGAAGCAAUUUGUAAAUAUAUCACAACAACAGCAAUGA